UGUAAUGUAGCCACAACCCCCAUACAACAUCUAUACACCCCUCACAUUGUACCAUAUUUUCCCAAGAUAUUGUUCUCUCAAACCUCAUUUUUUCCCACAGAAAGAAAAUGCAAAUCUUGCUGUCAAUUGUCGAUUUGUCGUUACAAAUAAUCAUAGGAUCAUGUAAUAAAAAUAUAAAUUACUAUGUACAUGAAAUUAUGUCUCUUGUACAGACAUCAUUCAUCGAUCCGUCCCAAUAAAUCCUCACCAUCCAUCGAGAUGAACACAAGUUCCUUAGGUCAACAAAGAGCACAGUGUAAUUCAUUGCUACCACGUUUUUGUCCUCCUUCACUGUCUUUAAAUUUCAAGAACGGGAGAGAUUGAGAGAGAGAGAGAGAGAUGGAGGGAGAUAGCAGCAACGACAUAUAUAGAGAAUGCUUGAGAAACCAUGCAGCCAGCCUCGGGAGCUACGCGACCGACGGCUGCGGAGAGUUCACACUGGACGACACGGCUCCCGGCGGCGGCCUCAACUGCGCUGCAUGCGGCUGCCACCGCAACUUCCACCGCAAAGUCAUCCGGAGCCAAACCCACGACGCGGCUGCCGAUGUCAUCGUAGACUAUGCCAGCGGCGGAUCGGGGCGGCAGCAGGUGACGGGAAUGGCGUACUCGCCGGAGUCGUCGGAGCGGGGCAGCAAGAAGAGGUUCAGAACAAAGUUCACGGCGGAGCAGAAGGAGAAAAUGCUGGGGUUUGCGGAGAAGUUGGGGUGGAAGUUGCAGAGGAAAGAUGAAGAAGACGAGAUUGAGAGAUUCUGCAGAGGGGUUGGGAUCAGUAGGAAAGUGUUCAAAGUUUGGAUGCACAAUCACAAGAACUCUCCACCGCAUUCUGCUGGGAAUGUGUCCUCUCUUACUGAUCAAUAAUGCUAAUUAUUUAUAUAUAAAUAACAACCCUUUUUGAGUUUUUUCAUCAUUAAAUUCUUACAAUUGUUCUGUGCUUUAAUUUCUCUCUCGAAAAAUUCUUA